AUGGCAGCUCGUCGUGCACUCCACCGGAGCUUCUCCACCGCAACUUCGCGUAAGGAGUACCCGACGUCGUUCCUCUCGCACCUUCGCACGCAGAAGCUCAAUGUGUUCAACAUCGGCGUCGCGUUCAUGACGCUGUCGCUGUCGUCGCAGAUGGUGUCGUACAAACAGCGCUACGAAACAGCGCGAGAGGAGAAGCAGCAGCUCAGUGAGCGGGUCGAGGCGCUCGAGACGCUCGUGCUCGAUCUGGGCGGCGUGCUACCCGACGCGCAGGCGCGGAACAGAGCUGAUGCAGCAGCUUCACAGCAGACGACGCAAAGCCAGGCACUCUGUGAUCGCGAGGACGAGGCUAAGGCUCUUGCGGCCCUGGCAACGGACGGCAAGGCGAGCAAGGCCGUUAAGCUCAUUUAG